AAAAUAACCAAGUCAAGCGGGGUAAUCCGGGGAAUAUUAAUCUUCACCCCCCGUGUCCUCGAUGCGAACCCAACUACCUCGCCUCGAUGGACGCCACCAGCACACGACAAAAGCCAACAGCAGCCGGAAGGCCCGGGUCGCAGCGCCCCCGUAUCAGACCUUCUCGCGGGCGCGGCCUGAGAACCUCGACAGGGUGCCUCACCUGCAGAGAAAGGCGCGUCAAGUGCGAUGACAGCAGACCACAAUGCGUGCGGUGUACCAAGUCCAAUCGGACCUGUCGGUAUGGCCAGAGUGCUGGCCGGCGGCAUGACGCCGUUGCCAAUACACCAAGGGAGACGAGGAAUGAGACCUCCAUCCAGAUAAAUAAUUCAGUUGAGACGCCAGAGAAUGAGCAAAGCCUGACCAGCCCUGACGCAGCCUUCGCCACUCCGCUUGCCUUUAACCAGAUCCCUCUGCUCAACAUAUCCCCCUUUGAGUGGUAUGACCUGCUAGCACGCGAUGCCAUCAGCAACGUCCAACGGCUCAAUGAAGCCUCAGCGGGCGAGUCUCGCUGGAAUCUCCCAGAGAUUACGCUGUCCCGGAGACAAUCACUCUCUCCCGAAUGCCCCGAGCCUCAUCUCGACCAAACCAGGGUUUCUGAGCAGCAUACCAGUAUAUCUGGUUGUCCCUGGAACACAGACGCUGGCAUCGAACUAUCAACAGUCGACCUCCUGUUCCUCCGCUACUACACCGAAGCCGUCGGGCCCAUCCUGGACCUAUUCGAUCCAGCCCGGCACUUUACCAACGUCGUACCACACCUCGGACUCCAAAACACCGGUCUUCUCAAGUCCAUCCUCGCCGUGGGAGCAAAGCAUAUGUCUCUCGGCCUUGAACACGACGACACACCAUCAAGAGAUCCCCCCAACCCUAAUCCAGCACACGCAGCCGCACAGUACUACUACGAAACCCUGCAAUACCUCUCCCAGACCCUCCUCUACCCAUCCUACGCCGACUCGCGCGAGAUCCUCGCCACGUCCAUCAUGAUAAGCACCUACGAGAUGUUCGACGCCGACCGCGCCUCCACAAGCGGAGACUGGGAGCGCCACCUGCGCGGCUCGUUCUGGAUCCAGCGCUCCCAGGAUAACGACGGCGAGUCCGCAGACGGACUCAGACGCGCUGUAUGGUGGGCUUGGCUGCGUCAGGAUAUCUGGGCUGCGUUCCGGGCUGGCAGGCCUACGCUUACUAUAUGGCGUGCGAAGAAGCCGCUGCAGGAGUUGGACGGGGAUGAGCUGGCGACGAGGAUUGUCUAUAUCUGUGCGAAGUGUGUGGAAUUUGCCGCGGCAGAUAAGAAUGGGAAUCCAGAUCCACAGCGUCGAAUCGAGCAGGGGGAUCGGCUUCUCCGUGCUCUUGAUGAUUGGGCUCGUGUUCUUCCUGCUUCGUAUAAGCCGGUUACUGUUCAUGAGAACAGGAUACUCACUACUGACCAUGGCUCCUCAAACCCUCACUGCAAUAUGAAUGAGUUCCCACCUGUAUGGAUCCAUCCAGCUAGCCACGCAGGUGCAGUACAGAUGUAUCAUUUCGCAAGGGCGCUCGUGCUGCUGAACCAGCCUACAAUGGGUGGGCUAAACGCGUACUGUCUCCGCGAGAAGCAGCUGAAUGAAAGUGUGCAUACUGUCUGCGGUAUAGCCAAUGCUUGCCAGGAGGGUGAUUCUGCGGUGGCGUUUGUUAGUGUCCAGGCCUUGUUUUGUGUUGGGCAGUUUGUGCAGUCGCCUAGGAUGAGGGCCGAGUUGCUCCGUAUCCUGGAGAAUAUGCUGCAGAUUAGCAGGUUCCCUGCCAGGGGGGUUGUUGCUGAGCUCAAAAUGGUGUGGCAGGGGUAUGACAGUGAUCUCUGAAACAAUGAUAUGAGGGUUAUACUUUAUUCAUUUCUAGAUAGAUAUAUUUCAAUAGUCUAGCAGCAAAGGACCACAAGGACACCACCGCUACCACGCCCCAACCACACCAGCAAUCGGAAUAUCAAUACCAGUCGUAUAAGAAGC